UUCCUAACCUGCUUCCCUUCAUCAAUUCUGAUAGCUCCUCUUCCCCUCAAGUGCAAUUAUUCCCAUUAAUUAAUUCGCUCCAUUCCUGCACAAUUAAAGUUAGCAGCAGCUAGCUAAGCCAAGCUGUGCUAGGAGAAAUGGAGAGGCCGGGUGAUGAACAUGAUGACUGCAGGACGGCUCCUCUGCUGGAGCCUAAGCACGCUCAUGGCGAAGGCAGCAACAACGACAAGCAAGAAGAAGAUGAAGAGGAGGUUGGGUCGUUGGGGCCGCGGGUGUUGGUGGAGAGCAAGAAGCUGUGGGUGGUGGCGGGUCCUUCCAUCUGCGCGCGCUUCUCCACCUUCGGCGUCACCGUCAUCAGCCAAGCCUUCAUCGGCCACAUCGGCGCCACCGAGCUCGCCGGAUACGCUCUCGUCUCCACCGUCCUCAUGCGCUUCAGCGGCGGCAUCCUCCUAGGCAUGGCAAGUGCAUUGGAAACAUUGUGUGGGCAAUCAUAUGGCGCCAAGCAAUACCACAUGUUGGGCAUCUAUCUACAACGUUCAUGGAUAGUUCUCUUGUGUUGUGCAGUCCUCCUCCUCCCGAUAUACCUCUUCACCACUCCACUCCUAAUUUUUCUUGGCCAGGAUCCUAAGAUCGCUGCUAUGGCCGGCACUAUUUCAUUGUGGUAUAUCCCUGUUAUGAUAUCCAAUGUUGGGAACUUCACGCUCCAAAUGUACCUACAAGCACAGAGCAAGAACAUGAUUGUCACUUAUCUUGCCAUGCUCAAUCUUGGGCUUCACCUUUUCCUAUCAUGGCUUUUAACGGUCCAGUUCCACCUUGGCCUUGCUGGGGUCAUGGGCUCCAUGGUCAUUGCCUACUGGAUUCCAGUAUUUGGUCAGCUUGCUUUUGUCUUCUUUGGUGGUUGCCCUCUAACAUGGACAGGAUUCUCAUCUGCUGCUUUUACUGAACUCGGUGCUAUUGUCAAGCUUUCACUGUCUUCUGGAGUGAUGCUUUGUGUGGAAUUAUGGUACAACACAAUUUUGGUUCUCCUCACUGGUUAUAUGAAGAAUGCAGAGAUUGCUCUUGAUGCUCUUUCAAUAUGCCUUAAUAUCAAUGGUUGGGAGAUGAUGAUUUCUAUAGGGUUUUUAUCUGCAACAGGAGUGCGGGUGGCAAAUGAACUUGGAGCUGGAAGCGCAAGAAGGGCUAAGUUUGCCAUUUUCAAUGUGGUCACCACUUCUUUCUCGAUAGGAUUUAUGUUGUUUGUGCUCUUCCUUAUCUUUCGUGGAAGGCUUGCAUACAUAUUUACUGAAAGUAAGGUAGUAGCAGAUGCAGUUGCGGAGCUUUCUCCCUUGCUAGCCUUCUCCAUUUUGUUGAAUAGUAUUCAACCAGUGCUCUCAGGUGUCGCUGUUGGAUCAGGUUGGCAAAGUGUAGUUGCCUAUGUUAAUGUUACAUCAUAUUACUUGUUCGGUAUCCCUAUUGGUGUAAUACUAGGCUAUGUGCUAGGAUUUCAAGUAAAGGGCAUUUGGAUUGGUAUGCUUCUUGGUACGCUAGUCCAGACUAUUGUGCUUCUAUUUAUCACUCUUAGAACUGAUUGGGAAAAACAGGUAGAGAUUGCUCGACAGAGAUUAAACCGCUGGUCUAUGGAUGAGAAUGGGAGACAACAGAAUCCGGGUGAAAAUCCAUGAUCUAAAACUUCUGCACACUUGUAAUGAAUUAUGGUGAUCUAUGAAUCAGCUUGUUCUAAUGGGAUUGCCCUCAGAGUUUAAGAUCCUUCAAGGUGACAUCAUCCUUCAAUGAACCUAUAAAUGGCUUGGAAUGAUGUUUUUCCCCAUGUGUCACACCAUGGAAAAACCGUGAUGUUAUUGAAGGAACCUUAUAUAUAUAUGGUCGUAAAUUAUCCAUUUUUACCGGGUUAUCGAAACUAUUGUAGCAAAUGCUUGACCAUUAUGAGUUUUACAUAUUUUUUUUGCAUUUGUUGGAAGAGCAUGCAUAUGCUUGCAUGUGAAUUGAUUGUACCCUUUGGCUUUGUAUCUACAUUUGACUAAAUUUAUUGACUAAACUAGUAUCAAAUAAGGGAAAAUUGUCCACACUAAAGAGUGGUGGAACACCUCUUUAUUUUUUUACUA